AUGGCAAAAAUUUUUUUUUUUCCCAAUUUUCUUUCUUUUUCUCAAUUUUGCAUUCCCUUUUUCUUUCUAUUCUAUCAUUCGAUCCCUCUUUCUUUUAUUUCCUUUUCUUUCUUUUUCACUUUCUUAAUUUCUUUUUUUUUCUUUCCUUUCUUCAUCAAAACCUUUCCUUUUCUUUCUUUCUCUCUUUUCUUUAUUUUCCUUUCUUUCAUCUUUCUCUCCUUUCUUUUUCUCUUUUCCUUUUUUCUUUCAUUUUUUUCUUUUUCAUCUUUUCUUUCCUUUUUCUUUUUUUAUCUCUUUCUUUAUUUCCUUUUUUUUCUAUUCUAUCUUUCCCUCUUUCUUUCAUUAAUUUUUUCUUCGCUUUUCUCUUUUUUUUCUUUUUUUCCUUUUCUUUCUUUCCUUUUCUUUCUUUUUCUUUUCUUUCAUUUCCUUUCCUACUUUUCUUUCUCUCUUUCUUUCAUUUCUUUUUCUUUCUUUUCUCUCUUUAAUUUCAUUUUCUUUCCAUUCUUUUAUCUCUUUCUUUCAUUUCCUUUUUCUUUCUUUUUCUCUUUCUUUCAUUUCUCUUUUUUACUCCUUUUCUUUUUCAUUGUUGUCCUUUCCCUCUUUCUUUCAUUUCCUUUUUCUUUCUUUUCUCUCUUUCUUUCAUUUCCUUUUCUUUCUUGGACCAAUCUUGAAUUUCAUUUUCUUUCUUUUUGUUUCUUUCUUUCUUUCAUUUCUUUCUGUUUUCUCUUUCCUCUUUCUUUCUUUGCCUCAUCUUUCUUUAUUUCCUUUUCUAGUUUUAUCUCUCUUUCUUUUAUUUCAAGGGGGGGUUAUUCUAUCUUUUCUUUUUCAUUCCUUUUCUUUCUUUCUCUUUUCUUUGAUUUCCUUUUCAGGAAUUAA